AUGACUAGACACUUCAGACAUUACCUGAUAGCAAGGAUAUUCAGCGUUAGAACUGACCAUCAGGCACUCACCUGGAUAAAGCCAGUGACGGGGAUCAAUCGUUCAUUUGCACGCUGGUACGUAGAACUGCAGCAAUAUGACUUUGCGAUUCUAUACAGAAAAGGGAAUGCUCGUAGUAAUACGGAAGCGCUAUCCCUCAGACCGACUGCAGCGGAUUUAAAUGACGUUGUGGUGGGCACCAUAUUUCCGAGCCACCCCACUAAAGACUUCUGGCUAAAUACACGGAGUACCGAUCCUGACACUGCUCUGAUGCAUGAGAAGUUCCCGACAUCCUCUUAUAAGCUCACAGCGGAAACGACGAUGCUUGCCGGUAGGGAGGCUAAAGGGAUUUGGCAAGAAUGGUCAAAACUCUCUCUGGGGGAUGAGGUUUUAUAG